CUUAGUCAGGAAUCAAUGAUGAGGAAUUAUACAGCACUAACAACGUUCAUCUUGCUGGGACUAACGGAUGAUCCAAAUCUACAGAUAUUCCUAUUUAUUUUUUUGUUUCUAACCUACUUGUUGUGUAUUUUUGGGAACCUGGCCAUCAUCAUUCUCACCUUGGUGGAUUCUCACCUCCAAACACCCAUGUACUUUUUCCUCCGGAAUUUCUCUGUGCUGGAGUUCUCUUUUACAGCUUUCUGCAUUCCCAGAUUCCUGUACGCAAUGGCAACUGGGGACAAUACUAUAAGCUAUAAUGCAUGCUUCACUCAACUGUUUUUUGUUUUCUUCUUCAGUGUAACUGAGUUCCUUCUCCUGACAGCCAUGUCCUAUGACCGCUAUGUGGCCAUCUGCAAACCCCUGCAUUACAUGACCAUCAUGAGCAACAGAGUCUGCAUCAGGAUCCUCAUGGGGUGUGUCAUGCUUACUCUAAUCAUCAUCACCCCACCAUUUACUCUGGUCUUUGAUCUCGAGUUUUGUGACUCUAACAUCAUAGAUCACUUUGCCUGUGACGUAGGGCCCAUGCUGAAGAUCACCUGCAAUGACACAGAGUUUUUGGAGCACUUUGUCUUCAUCUUGGCUGUACUGACGCUUCUGUUCACAUUAGGGUGUGUGACUACAUCCUACACACACAUCAUCAGGACCAUUCUCAGAUUCCCUUCUGCUCAGCAGAGGACAAAAGCUUUUUCCACUUGUUCAUCUCAUAUAAUUGUGGUUUCUAUCACUUAUGGAAGCUGUAUCUUCAUGUACAUUAAGCCAUCUGAAAAAGAAGACGUGGCUAUGAAUAAGGUGGUGGCAUUGCUCAUAACCUCAGUUACUCCAGUGAUGAAUCCCUUCAUUUACACCCUGAGGAACAAGCAGGUGAUACAAGCUUUCAAAGACAUGACCAAAAGGAUUGCAGCCAUCUCAAAGAAUUAA